GUUGAAACUUCUUGUGGGUCUUCAGUUGUAACUCUCCACCAAAGGCUCUAAGGUUGUCUCGGUCUUUAUUAAUGAAAUAAGCCGCUACCACACACACACUGCGCACACUAUCAUGCUGCAGACACAAAUUAUGUAAAUAGGACGUACAACUUUUUCAGAUAAACUCAUGUCAGCCUUAGUAUUGUAAAUGGGUGCCCAGCAUUCUUAAUCACGGGUAAUACUGUUCUUUACCGCUAUUAAACCUUAUAUGCAUGGGGAGCUAGGGAUGUGGUGCAAGAGCGCAUCUGCACGGGCGCUAUAUAGUUAACGGCUGAAAUACACAGACAUUCAAGGCUAGAGCGGCGAACCUGCAACAACGCCCAAUUUAAUACCGGAAGUUCAGCCUGUAGACCGUCUGAAUUUACGCAAUGCACUCAUUUGACGACCUGUGGAGGCGGCAGAGACUUUAGCACGCACGCGCAGGCGGUCCUGACGAGUAGAGUGCUGGGAGUCGGCUGCGUGGUGCGUGCGCCCACACGCGCAUGCGUCGUUGUCGACGGCGACGACGGCCAUCAUGGCGGUUUGUGGCGCGGCGGCGGCGGCGGCGGCGGCCGGAGGAGGAAGGCGCUGGUAUUUUACUCGGGAGCAGCUAGCGCGGAGCCCUUCCCGGCGCCUGGGACUCGACCCGGACAAGGAAUUAUCGUACCGGCAGCAGGCGGCUAACCUGCUUCAGGACAUGGGCCAGCGCCUCAAUGUUUCUCAGCUGACUAUCAAUACUGCUAUUGUCUAUAUGCACCGAUUCUACAUGGUUCAGUCUUUUACUCAGUUUCCUCGGAAUACUCUAGCGCCUGCUGCCCUUUUCCUGGCAGCCAAGGUGGAGGAACAACCUCGAAAACUGGAGCAUGUCAUCAAGGUCUCUCAUGCCUGUCUGCAUCCUCAAGAGGCUCCCCCAGACACACGGAGUGACGCUUACCUGCAACAAGCCCAAGACCUGGUCAUUCUAGAGAGCAUAAUACUGCAGACCCUGGGGUUUGAGAUCACCAUAGAUCAUCCUCACACACAUGUGGUUAAAUGCACACAGUUAGUGCGAGCCAGCAAAGAUCUGGCACAGACUUCUUACUUCAUGGCUACCAACAGCCUUCACCUAACCACCUUCAGCCUGCAGUACACCCCUCCCGUUGUGGCCUGCGUCUGCAUCCACUUGGCCUGUAAAUGGUCCAACUGGGAGAUCCCAGUCUCCACGGACGGGAAGCACUGGUGGGAAUACGUUGAUGGCACUGUAACUCUGGAACUCUUGGAUGAGCUAACUCACGAAUUCCUGCAGAUCCUUGAGAAAACUCCUAACCGGCUGAAACGAAUCAGGAAUUGGCGGGCUUGCCAGGCAGCCAAGAAAUCAAAGACAGACGAGCAGGAUGAUGAUGAUUCGCUCUCGGAACAGACAAUUCUCAGCAUGAUCUCCAGAAGCUCCUCGGACACAACCAUUGCAGGCCUGAUGAGCAUGUCUACUUCCUCAACUGCAGGAGCUGUGUCUUCCCUUCCUGCUUCCACAGGGGACUCUCCAGGAGACCCAAGCAGCUUCGACAUGAUGUCAGCAGACAGUUGGAUGCCUCCACACGCUUCACACAAACUAGAAGUCAGCCACAGGGCUAGUGAAACCUCUUCUGGAACAGAACAUCCACAUCAUGACAGCAGUAGUGGCUCCUUCUCUAAGAGUAUUAAGAGUGUUCCACUGGCAAAAGUGUCACUGAAGGAGUACCGCGCCAAGCAUGCUGAGGAGCUGGCCGCACAGAAACGUCAGUUGGAGAACAUGGAGGCGAAUGUGCGCUCUCAGUAUGCCCAUGCUGCUCAGAACUUGCUUGUGCAGCAGCAGCGAGAACGGGAUGUGCAGCAAGAGAGCAACCCAUCUCCCAUCAUCCUAAAAAUUCCCUUGAGCGGCAGCUCUGAUGGUACUGAACGACCCCCUGCUGAAAAGGCUGAUAAACCCUCCCCUGCCCUCAAAGUGAGACUGCCUGUUUCGGGGGACAAAGGUCCUCUUUCUUCCUCCAAGCCGGAGGAAAUAAAAAUGCGCAUCAAAGUGCCAACUGCUUCAGAACGGCACAGCUCAUCUGAUGAAAGUAGUGGCAAGUGCCGGGGGGAACACAGAGAAAAACAUAAGGUCCACUCAUCCAACCAUCACCACCAUCAUCAUAACCACCACUCUCAUAAACAUUCACAUGCACAACCAGUUGCCAGCACCAAAAGAUUGGGGGACUCCAAGCAUGGCAAUCAGAGUAGCAUUGCACCCCAUAAAGGUUAUGUCCCAGCUUGUUCCUCUCGUAAGAGACCGCUUUUGGAGGAGGCCUCAGCUGUAGCACAUGAACAUCAGCCGAAAAUCAGUAAGACUUCAAAAGGAUCCACAAUUCCAUUCCCCUUUGCUCAGCACCCUGGGCACAGCUUGGAUGCAGCUGGUCUACCUUUUGUCCAGGGCAACAAAGCCAGAGGGGCUCAUGGAAAACUGGACAAGAGCACUACGGGGGCCAAUGGGCAUAAUAUGAACCAGGCCAUUGACUACCAGGAUACAGUGAAUAUGCUGCACUCCUUGCUCAGUGCACAGGGCAUGCAACCCACCCAGCCACCUGCCUUUGACUUUGUGCACUCAUAUGGCGAGUACUUGAACCCCAGGGCUGCUGCCAGUGUGGAUAAACCACGGCCGCCCCCUCUGCCCUCAGAACCUCCCCCUCCCCUGCCACCUCUCCCCAAGUGAUCACUGUUUUAACUACUGAGGUUGGGCUGUCCUCUGCUGAGGACAUGGCUCAUAGUGAUCUCCACUGCCUUGUGUGAAUCUUCCCCCCUCCUCCUCUGCCUCCUGUUUUUAAACUGUUUUUAUUAUUGGUAUGAGAAUGUGGAGCCCUUGAAGCUGUGAAAAGGUGUGCCCAUUUUUCUCCAUGUUUCCCAUUCUCCCUCUGCCUCCAGUCCCACUGGGAAGAGAUGGGGAUGUGUUUCCUGUGAGACUGAGCCUCAGUUGAGGGGUUUUAAAGGUCAUGAACUAACAGGAAAUGGCACAGGGCUAUUUAAAUCGUCGCAGUCUUUCUCCUUCUAAAAGACAUUUUAAGAUAAUUUAAAGUAAGUUAUAUAUGUUCUUAGUGUUGGUUUUAUUUUUCUAAGGUGGAUAAAGUGGGGGGGGGGGUUUACAGCAGAAUUUGAAAUGGAGGCAGGGCGCAUGGGCUCUGCUUGCUUAAGUGCGCCUUGUCCUGAUGGAAGUUGCUUCCCUCUGGAUGGAGGCAGUGAAGGUUUGAAAGGAGGGAAUGUUUGAAAAGGUCUCUGUGAGGAAGGCAUGAAUACUGACCAAAAGUAUCGUGGUCUGGUAGGUGGUGGAGCAUUUCCACUCUCCCCCCCACCUUAGUUUUUGGUUGUUCAGCUGAGUGAACUGAGACAGAUGCUGACCCAUAUUUCCAAAGUACUUUGGAAACAGGAGAGAUUGUGUGUGAAGUUGUUGGCUCUAUCCAGCUCUUUCCUGCUGAGCAGGGAGGAUGUAGGAGCACCGCUUCCUUAAUCGCUCUCACUUCCCUCCUUGACCACGCAGCUUCUAUUGGGGUCUCCCAUUACUGGACCUGCCACCUUGAGUUCAGUCAAUUGAGGAUGAAUGGCUACCUAGCUUAGUUAUUAAAUUCUGAUGGGACUGUAUUAUAAAGGUGGGCAGAACUACAUGCUCCUAUGGGAACUCUUGAGAGUGCCUUCAGAAAGAGAGGUCAUUGCAGCAACCUAUCUGGGAAAGGUGGUAAUUCGUUUGAGAGAAGAAGCUGGAAGGAAGGCAGAAAGCCUGUAUGAAUGUUAGAACAGUAAUCGUGAUUCUGGGAUGCUUUAAAUUGUAUUUAAAUUGCAUUAUGGGAUAUGUGAUUUUCACAUUUUGCUAGAAGGAAAAAAAGCUUUUCAAAAUAUAUAUGAAGACAGCAACAAGUGAAAUCAGGCAAAUUUGGAUUAGAGAAUAGAGGAGUGAAAAGAGCUGGUAAAAUCUAGAUGAAUUUAGGGGAACCUGCUUCUGAAUUAAAUGUCUGCAGCAGUUGUGGCUAUCUUAAGUGUGCCCUGAAUUAGUUUGUUUUCUGGGAAGGAGUGUAAGAGUGGGCCCAUGGUAAAACUGACUUCAAAGAAGUUCUUCAACACUUUUGUGUUUAAAAAGUGAAUGGGGCUAGUAUUUUAAACAAGACCCUAUAUAUUGUGUUGCUAGAUCAUGCCAGAGUGCUUUUCAUUUCACAAGAUUCAGUAUUGGUUUGCAGCAUUAUAGCAAUUGAACUUGGGGUUGGCAUUCUUAAAACUCAGCUUUGCUGCCCUCUGGGUGUACAGUCCCUGGCUCAGCAAAGUUCUGGGGAUUUCCUACUGCUCUGAAGCAACUUCCAAAUUGAAAUACAAGGGGCUUUGUAUUGCAAAACAUGGUGGUUUUUUUCUCUGUCAGAAUGGAAAAUUUCCUACAUAUCAACAGAAGUCUAUUCCAGUGUGUUCAAUAGCAACUAAAAGAUCUAAACAGGCAAAGCUAGUAAUGUGAGCAAAGUUAUAUUACUGCUGGUUAGAGAAGAGCGCAUCAUGUUGAAAGCAACAAAAGACACUUGCCUGUGGAUAUCUGUUUGGUUUUACUGAAGUGUUCUCUCUGAAUUUAAAACAGUAACUUUAUUUCCCCACAACCUGGAUUUCUGAAAAGAAUGGUGUCUCCACUAUUGAUGGUCGCAAACUUUGGGCCUGGUUUCACAUAAUCCUUCAGAAACUUUUUCUAAUUCCCAGCUCAUAUUAUUACUAUUCUAAGUUUCAAUAAAUGUUCUGUCUCCA